UUUAUAGACUCAAAUCACACGGCAUGUUGAUAAAUUGACAAAUUAUUUGAACAGAUGAUGUUUUUCAUUUGCUAACCGUAAAAAAUAUGAACAAUCAAUAAGCAUAAUACGUUCGAAGCAUGUUGACGAAGAACAAAUUCAAAUAUCCCAACGUUCACUCUUCCUUAUUCCAUUCCAUGAAUUCUGAAAAGUCCAUCACUCCAUUUCUCCGAUGAGAUUCAGCUUCCGCUCCUACUUCAAAUCCCACCAUCCCCAAACCCUAGCUUCGCUCAAGUCUAUUCUCAAUUCCUUCUUUUCUUUGCUCUCUAAAUUUAAUCCCAUGGCCGGAAAUCAAAAAGCAAUUCAUCCCUCCGAGUUUGAUCCGUCGGAACCUUCUAUUCCGGUGUCAUACCCACUGAAAACUCUGGAAGAACUUGAGUCGAGAUCCUAUUUCGAUUCUUUUCACUUCCCUUUCAAUAAGGCCUCUGUGAAGUUGCCGCCUUACGCCGCCAAUGAACUACCGAAACGGCGUAGGCUUCUGGUGUGCCACGACAUGGCUGGAGGAUACCUUGACGAUAAGUGGAUACAAGGAGGAAAUAAUCCUGAUGCUUAUGCUAUAUGGCAUUGGUAUUUAAUUGAUGUAUUCGUCUAUUUCUCCCAUUCCUUGGUUACUCUCCCGCCUCCUUGUUGGAUUAACACUGCUCACAAGCACGGAGUCAAGGUAUUGGGAACUUUUAUCAUGGAGUGGGAUGAAGGCAAACUUCUUGCCAACAAAUUACUCUCAUCAAAGAACUCAGCUCACAUGUAUGCAGAGCGGUUAAGUGAGCUGGCUGCUGCUUUAGGCGUUGAUGGAUGGCUGGUCAAUAUGGAAGUUUCCCUGGAUGUCGGGCAUAUUCCUAACCUGAAAGAAUUUAUCAGCCACUUAACUCAGUCCAUGCAUUCCCUUGUCCCUGGAUCUUUGGUCAUAUGGUAUGAUAGCGUCACAAUUGAUGGGAACCUUAGCUGGCAAGAUCAACUAAAUGAAAAAAAUAAGCCUUUUUUUGAUAUAUCUGAUGGUAUAUUUGUAAACUACACUUGGCGGGAGAAUUAUCCUAAGUAUUCAGCUGAGGUUGCUGGUGACAGGAAGUUCGAUGUUUACAUGGGAAUUGAUGUCUUUGGAAGAAACACUUAUGGUGGUGGACAAUGGAUGACAAAUUUGGCACUUGAUGUGAUUAAGAUGGAUAAUGUGUCAGCUGCGAUAUUUGCUCCUGGAUGGGUGUAUGAGACAAAACAACUACCUGACUUUCAGACUGCACAGAACCGUUGGUGGGCACUUGUAGAAAAAUCAUGGGAUAUUUCACAAAAUUAUCCCCAAACCCUUCCAUUCUACUCAAAUUUUGAUCAGGGUCAUGGUUACAAGUUUACUGUCGAUGGAAAGCAAAUAUCACAGACUCCUUGGAACAACAUUUCUUCCCAAAGCUUUCAGCCUUUCUUGGAGUUUUCUGGAGAAUCAACUGGAGGGCAUUUAAAAGUUGUUGUUGAUAUCAAGGAGCCAUCUUAUAAUGGAGGAGGGAACCUAACAUUCAAUGGAACACUUGAGGAUGAUUUUCAAUUCUCAGCAAGGUUGUUUGAAGGGAAGCUUCAGUUAGCAGAUUCACCUGUUCAUUUUACAUAUUCUGUAAAAUCAAAUGGAAGCUCUCAGUUGGGCUUGUCUCUUGAGUUCACUUCUGCUGUCGCAGAGCAAAAAUCAGUAUUACUUGCUUCUUCGGGUGAUUCAUUACUGACUAUGAGUCGUUUUGUUAGACAUUUUGACAAUGUUAUAAUGCCUCAUCGUGUUACUAAAUUAGAGAGUGAAUCAUCAUGGGUCAUACAAGAAAGUAGUAUAGAAAUGGAAGGAUACAUGUUAACAAAAAUCCAUGCUGUAUGCUAUAAAUUAAGAGCUGAAGUUCACAAAUCAGAAAGUCAAGAUAAAACCAUGGCGUUGUAUCCGUCAGAAUAUCAUGCAGUGCUUGGUCAUCUUGCAAUAAAUAGUUCUACGCAAAAUUUCGAGUUCCCACCAUCAACUUCAUGGCUUGUUGAAGGUACUUUCACUAAAUGGUCGUCUUCUGGUUCUAAUGGCUCCAGGAAACUUACUGUCAAGCUUGUUUGGGAAUUGAAAGACGGGAAAACUCACCUAUUCCCUAAGUAUUAUAUCUAUGUCAAGAAACAACCUGAUCUUUCAAUGGCAGAACCAAAUGGAUCACUUCAACUAGUCCAGGAGUACCUGGGAGUUGCAGAAGUUGAAGCAUUUUAUGUAUCUGAUCUUGUAGUUCCCACUGGCACUUCAAGCGUUAAAUUCAUCAUUCAAGUUUGCAGUCUGGAUGGAGCUCUCCAAAAGCUAGAAGAGUCUCCAUCUCUUGAUUUAGACGUUCAAGGUUCUUAAUUCUACAAGCCAAAUUGUCAUUUGUUCCAGGUUGUAUAGGGAAGGACCAAAAAUAAAUGCAAGUGUUACACAUUUACACGCCGCAGAAUAAUGUGUUUUAUGUAUACAAGUUGUUGUAGCAUUACAAUAAUGUAUUGAGUAUUGAACGCGCUAAGUCGGUAAUCACGAAACUUCCUCUCUUCAUAAUGUUUGAUAUUGCAGCAUCUGGUUAACAGUUGAGGCUUGAAAAGGAAAGUUAUCUUAA